AGCCGUCCGGUCCAGAGCCUCCCCGUUUCAUCCGAACGAAGCACGAGACGGCAGAUACGAAAAGAUAGAGAGUGGACACGAACGAAUUCAAGCAUCUACGGCACGCCGCGAGACGCCAAAGCAACGCAACGCAACACAACACAUCACAUCACAACGCAACGCAUCACAUCACAACGCAUCACAACACAACAGCAAGAGUGACCUAGCGCAACACAUCACAUCGAAAAACACGACCGACACGAAACCAUCCGGUCGCCAUGGAUCUCUUGGGGAACUACGAUUCGGAUUCGGACUCGGAUUCCGACGGUGGUGGAAAGCCCUCGGCGGUGCCCGCAACCGCCGCAGCUGCACCGGCACGGGGGCUUUCUCUCCCUCCGGCCGCGUCUCCCGCAGCAACAACGGCAACGACAACGGCAACAGCAACGGCAACGACUGCGGCAAAGAAGGGGAGCACAAGGGCGGACCGAACCAAGCGGGUGAUCGGAAGAAAAGUCCUCAAGCUGUCGGCCGUGCUGCCCGAACACAUCCUGAACCAGCUCCAGCUCGCGGGCGGGGGGGGCAGCUCCGGCAGGAAGAACAGAAAGAGCGGCGACGGUACUAACUCCGACUCCGAMUCCGACAGCAGCGAGGACAACCCGGACACCGAUAGCAGCGACGACGAAGACACUGGUGCCCAGAGYCGCAAAACACCUGSGUCCCGACGGAAGAAGGGUGCGAAUCCGGGAGCGAAUCCGGGAAGCACGAAUGCACCGCCCAGAGAUUUUUCCAUAGACAAAGGCCUCAUGGGGCUGCUGAAAGAGUUGUCCAAGUCCGGGUCCUCCUCUCAGCCGAAAAACAAAAAGAUCCUGGGCGGCGGCGCCGAGGAGGGUUCCGGAUCGGCCACCACGGGCGACGAGAAUCCCACGCCGGACACGGAACCAAAGCCGACGCAAAAACCAGGACCAAAACCGAAGAGCGAACCACUGGGCGCCGCGUUUCUUGCCACAACGGUGGAGACCACCACCCGAAAACGGAGGCAGCCGGUGGCGGUGCGAAACAUUCACGACGCAGAAGACUCGGCGGUGAAACCCGAUGCUUCCGUACACGCGUCGGCGUCCGCGUCGGCGUCCCCUCGGACACCUUCCGUCUCGGUCCCCCGACCAUCCGUGGCACCACCACCACCACCCCAACCGCGGGCCCGGGCCGCGUCUUCCAUGGGACGAUCCGCGGCCCCGCAGGUGAGGGGAUCGUCUUCCACAUCCUACAACUCCGGCUCACACCCUGCCAGCCACUAUCGAAUACAACAACAACAACAACAACAACAACAUCAUCAUCACCACCAGCAUCAACAACCACCAGCAACGAAGAAACAAAAGAAACCUCUUUCUCGGAAACGCCAAAUGGAACAAAUGCUUCGCGCCGGAAAACUGGACGAGGUCCGGGGCGACCACGAGGUUCGGGGCGUGGCCCACGUCUACCAGCAGCAGGGGGACUACGCCGCCGCGGUGGCGGCUUCCUCGUCGGCCUCGUCGACCGUCCGGGUGGUUCCCACCAGCGCCUACGACGCGGCGACCGGAACCACCGCCACCAGCACCAGCGUGACGAGCCGCCAGAAGAACAGCAACCAGCUCAACAGCCUGUUGGCAAACGCCGCCUCGCUCGAGAGCCAACGGGCGCAGAACCCCCGCUAUGCGGGCGGGAGCCUCGGUGCGGGGCAGGGGUCCCACAGGGCCACGGCAAAGCGCAGGUAYGGAUGGUAACCUACCGUGCGGKUCGUCGGAGACCGAGMWAGGGUGUAGAAUGGAAAGCCGAUCUAUUGUAUUAUUGCAU